UACUACUUCUUCCGGUGUUUACCUGUGUGUUUUCCGUUCUGGCAGCUAACAGGUGCUAUUUUAAACCCGUCCUCCUACUGAGCAGAGGAUUACUAGGUGCAAAUUAGAGCACGUUUAAGUCCAUAACAGGACUCUUUUUCCUCUGAGGAGGUUUGAUGAAGAAAGGUGAUAAGGAUGAAGAAUAGAGACGGAUGAAACGCUGAGCUAAGUGUGCAGAGACUAUAAUAGAGGGAGCUAUGGAGAUGCAGCUGCUCGUGCAGUGAUAAAGUCAGGUGUUCUGGACAGGUGAGAUGCUGUGGCGUCAGAAUGCGGCAGAGAUGGAGGUCCAGACGAUAUGUCCCAUGCUGAGUAAGAAUCAUUACGAUUUCAAACCUUUAAAUCAGCCCCUCUCUCUCUCUCUCUGUCUGUCUCUCUAUCUCUCUCUCUCUCUCUGUGUGUGUGUUUGAAUAACCAGGAAUAGUUCAUUUAACCCUACCGAGUGAUUCAGCACUCAAAGAGACACCUGGUCUGGAGCUUUUCCUGUAAAUGUAGACCUCAGAGUGUAAGGGGGAUUAUAAACAUGUGUUUACAAUACUCCCACUGAGCUUAAACACUCAGCUGUUACUGACUUUAACCUAUAUUAGCCUGUGAUUCAAAUGUGAGCCUCAACUCCAUCAGAGAUUGGGGGCUGAGUAAAAAGAGGAUUAUGACAGAAUUUGGUGGUUUGCAAAUCAUUCAAUGUCUCUAUUUGAUUAAAACAUGCAAAAGAGUGGUCAGUGCAGGAAAGAGGUUCAGACAGGGUCAUAAAUUUCCUUUUUGACUCACUGGCUAUGGUGGCUGAAAAAAAUCCACUGGCCGGACAUGGUUUCUACCAGCCAUCAUAAUCAUUGGCUUUUUUGUGUCACAUACAGUACAUUGUGUAGGGACAGUAAGGUAUCAAGUUGGAUACAAACUCAAAAAGAGUAUCCAGAGCUAAAUUUGAUCAAUUUACACCUGAACAAAAUCCCUAGACUAGGACGAUCAACUAUGGAAAUAGCCUCACAGGAAAAUCUCAGAGGUUUGUGAACCACAUGAAAGAUUUAAUAGAUGAAAGUUCACAAAAAGCUCAGAGAAAGAGCACAAACCUGUGAUAUUCACUGAUUUGACUCAUUAGGAAGUAAACUAGUCAUCCAUGUUAUUUUUCUUUUUCACAAAAUUCACUAAAAUGAAUGUUAUGAUCUGUCGCUGUUGGGGCUGACAGAGUCAAUAUGGUAAAUUACUAUAAAUGCUAAAUAUUUGAGAGAACAAACAACUGUGUUUACACUGGUGUAGAGUGACAGUGGCGCCUAUGUUAUGCUUGCAAUAUAUCAGCUUGACCUGUUAAGUACUGACACACAGACACCAGAGGAGCAGGAGACAGAAGUUGUAGGAACAUUUAAAUAGGAGCUAAAGACUUUUUUUUUUUUAAAGAAAAGCUUCACUGCUAUACUUCUCUUUUUUUAAUUAAAAUUAAACGUGGUUGUGAACAAAGUCACAUUUCAUAGCAGAGUACAUUUUUCAUUGUGCGAUAGAACUGUUGUUUCUGUGUCUUCUGUACAUUAUGACUAGUUAAUUACUUAUCUAAAUAAUGUGGCAACUAGUGGCUACUAGUAGUCCUGAAACCCCUGAGAAUAUGUGUAUACAAUUCCUGUAAAUACUACUAAAUCAAUACUUAUGUAUUGACUACUCUAGAGUAGAGCCCAUGUAUGUAAAGAUAAUUUGCCUUCUUGGGUAGGAUAUAAAUGAAAUGAUGUAUUUUUAUAUAAAUAUGCUUACAUUUUUUGAGAAAGAAAGGUUUUUGGUAAUAAGUGUUUAGAAUGUAGAUGAUAACUGAAAAGAUUAUUAUUGUACAUGUUGGUGCUAAAGGGAAGCUGAGUGGAUGGCUAAGAAUAAGGCCGAGGGGUCUAGUAAAUGUUACUUCUUUGCUCUCUUUUUCAGACAUGUAAAUAGAAUUGAACUUGGUGUUGAAAUAGUUAUUUUGCAUUUUUUAUUUCAACUGUUUUAAAUGUUUUUUUGAACUGUUUUAAUUCAAUUCAACAAAAACCUGUCAGGACAGUAACGUAUGUUAUCACCCAGCUUUGUUCAAUAAUUGAUUCUGAUUGGUCUAAAAUCCAUACAAACAGUUUUUUUCUUUGCUGAAACUUUUCUGACUUUACUACGAAGGAAAUGUUUAGUUUAAUGGUAAUGUAAUUCCCAAGGAGGCAGAUAAGAGCUCUGUUGCCAUUGAGAUGAUGUGAAAUAGAAUUCAAACAGGGUGAGCCCAUCUUAUCUCAUUGUGACAGUAGAAACAAUACACAUUGUGAGUUAACACCCUGACUAUUUGCCUGUAAAUAUCAUAGAUAAACACUGAGUGAGUCUCUGAUUUCUGUUUCAGCUAUGCUCUACUGUCUGAGAUGGAUUACAACAACACAGAGCUGCUGAGAGAUCCUGGAGGAGAACCUGGACUGCUGAUAGGUAAUACACAAACAUACACAUAUGUACACUGCAUUUUUGACCAGAAGUUUAAAGACUUAAUAUUUUUAAUGUUAUAAUGAGAAGCAAAGGAAAAAUGUAUAGAUGAAAUGCUUGUCCCUGUUGAGGCUCUGAUUUGCAUAGCCACCUGCUCACUAUACAUAGUCCUGAUUACAACACAAGUAUAGACACAAAUAAGCUGACAUAAAAUAUCAAUAACCAAUGGUACUGUAAAAAGGAGAAUUAGACUUAAAUCAAGUCAUUGCACUAUGGUGUUUGAUGACUACCUGCAGUGGAAACUGAAAGUUACUUCUUUUGUUGACAGACAGAUUGUUCACUCAUCAUGUCUGUAUUGCUCCUGCACUCUGUAAUACUGUGUAAAAUAACACACACCCUUAUCAUAAUGAUGUGUGUGUGGUUUAGUGUAAAGGUGGAGGAACUUAGCUGCAGUCUACAUUUUUCAGGGGUGUCUAAUUAGGAUUAAUCAGAAUCACACUCACUCGAAUCUCAAAUCUAACCCCCAGUUCCACUUCACCAUGCUCAAGUGUCACACAUAAAAAGGUGUUAAGAUAAACAAACAUUUAAACAUUGUGUAGUCAUGUUAUGAUGGUGUUUUGUUUGUGUGUCUUUCAGACUGGGAGACGUCUGAGUCCUUCUGUCCAGAAAAAGAGCAGGUCAGUUUGUAUUAUUGUAUUCUGCCACCCUGGAGUUCUCAAACAUCAAUCAAUCAAUCAAUCAAUCAAUCAAUCAAUCAAUCAAUCAAUCAAUCAAUCAAUCAAUCAAUCAAUCAAUCAAUAUAUCAACCAACCAACCAACCAAUCAAUUUUUAUUGAUAUUUCACAAAUCACAACAGUCGUUGUCCCAAAACGCUUUCCAAAAGAGUGGGUCUACACCACACUUAUUGACAUGUGUGCAUGCUCACACAGGUCACCACAAUGAAUGAGCAUUUACGGUGUGACUUACAUAGACAUUCAGAUCCCUCAUUGAAGACAGAGGACUGACCCUCUCUGUUACUCCGGGGGCUCAUGGGUAAAGAUUCAAACCAUGUGAAGCAGGAUGUUUAAGCAGCAGCAAGUCUGUUGUGGGGCACAAGGAAAACCACCAGUUUUAUCUUAGAGCUCUGCUUUGGCUCAGCAAAAACUCAUAGCACUACAAUUGUUAGUCCAAAUUUGAAAGCUUAAGAUACAACCCCAGGUUCAUACAUGAAGUGUGUGAGCAGUGUGAGUGCUGAUUUAUCAGUCAGGCCAUCAAACAGUCCCUCACUCUGACUCUGUUAUAACAGAUCGAUAAUAUGCUCUGUGUUUCAGAGGAGAUCUUCACCCUGCUCUGGCAGCGAGGAACUGAACAAUGAUGGUACUGUGAAUACACACACACACACACACACACACACACACACACACACACACACACACACACACAUACACACACUACAAUCAGCCAACAAAUACACACCACUCUGCUUUAAUACCAGGGUGCUUAGGGGAACCGAUCCUCACUAUGGUGGUUGAUAACGAGAUUUCCUUUUUCUUCUGCAGGUUGUUUUAUUUGUGCUAAAAUCAUAAAAUAAUCUCAUCUUGUCACCCAAUCUCUGUUUCAGAGUAAAAUUGUGAAACCCCAAGAGUGGGUUCUGUGUUUUUUCAUGUUUCACAAGUAAAUAUGACGAUUAUUACAGGAAAUGAUUUUUUGGCUUUAAUUUCUGUGGCUGAUGGUGUCUGUCUCUGCAGGACAACUGCAACCUGCCAAAAAAAUUCAGUUUAAGGUAAAUGAUGACAAGUUGGUAGUUUGGUAACAGAGGAAGAGGCUUCCAGAGUGCUGGGGUGGGGUGGAGCGUAUCUUUAACGGACAGUAGAUGAUAUGAAGAGGCUGAGCAAAGUACCUCAUUUUUAGACAGUCCCUCUCCUCUGUGCUUCUAUUAGCUCUCUGCAGUUUUCUAAACGGUCUUGGUGUCUUGUCUUCGCCCCUCAGGGUCGUGGUCUCAGGGGUCAAUCUCACGCUCCCUGCAGCGGGCAGAGACGUUGCUCAGGAGUACUUUUAACCCCAGUCUCAAGUGGCUGUUUCACGCCCGCAGUCAGGACGAGGAAGAGGAGGAGGGAAACUUUGUGCUCGCUCACAACCUGGUGUCUCGCUCAUCUGCACGCCUCCUCAGGCUGCAGCAAACUCUGCUCACUGUGGCCCCACAGUGGCUGCCUGUUGGUAGGGCGGGGUCUGCACAGGUGAGUCAUAGCAGGAUACAGACAGUGAGGAGAAAAGAGGUGGGGGUCUGUAGACUGUAAGAUGUUUUUUUUUUUUUUUUUUAAUCAAAAUGUUGAGGCCGGCAGUUUCAUCUCUCCACUGACUCCUCCCCUUCUUCCUCCCCCCUUAGGUGUGUGUUAAAGGUCUCCCAGCUGAAGGGGCGGUCCUGAUGCUGCCCCCCUCCUCAUCCCCCUCCCUGCAGGAGAUCUACCUGUCUCUCAGUAGGCUGCAGGAGCAGCGCUCUCUGCUGCUCUUCAUCCACGAGUUCAGCAGGAGGGCUCAACUGGCUGCAGCCUUCACAUCCAGAGUCACACGCCUGCUGGAGAGAGCACAACUGAAGCUAGACCAGGUGAGAACGACCUGCUGGACAACGAGAGAGUGAGAAGGAGAGAGAGAGAGAGAGAGAGAGAGAGAGAGAGAGAGAGAGAGGGUGUUUGGACAGACUGAAUGUGUUUGUGUGUAAAAGUGAAGUUUUUAUAUCAUGGGUCCUUCCUCCCUAACUCCUCCUUCUCCUCUCAGACCCGGUCGGGCUGGUCUUCCUUCAGGGUGGGUCUGGUCUCUCUGAGUCAGGAGCUGCGGGUCCAUGUAAACCAUUGGCCCUGUUUGUUCUCUAAAAUCCAGUCGGACCGGAACCUGAGACCGGCUGUCAUCCGGCAGACCCAGAUGCUGCAGGAGGUCCAUCAGAGUCUGGACCUGCUGGGUCUGCAGGCUCUGGUUGUAAUGGAGAAGUUUGUCUUCCUAGUCUUAAGCGCUGUGACCCGCUCUGAUCUGGACUCAAUACCCAAAGAAGUCCUGGACGAUUUGUUAGCAGGGACAGAGCUGUAUAACCAGACUGUGGGGGAGCAGAGAGCGCAGCACAGUGCCACCCAGCUGAGGACUGCAGUACUACAGCAGGCUCAGCACCCUGCUUUGGGUCCUGGUCUACCGCCCAGCAGGGGCCGCCACCCUGCAGGGGUGUCACUCAGAGAGCUGAUGGCAGUGUUGGCGGAGCAUCACGCUGAGCGAGCGGCCCGAGAGCUGCAUAACUGGACCCCUGACCUCUGCCACACCUGUCAGAUCCACUGGAUCCAUACAGGUCCUGACCCCUCUGCUGGUCAGGGAGGGCACUGUGGGACCAGAACUUUGAGGUCUGAGUGGACCUGGGACCAGCUGCAGCACAAAUACCUCACAACCUCCAUUACUAAUCAGUGUCCUCUACAGUCGUCUUCUCCUCAAACCUCCUUACAUCAAACUCCUCCAGGGAACUCAGACCACCAUCUGGACCAGGAAAACCACCACCCAGGAUCUGUCACCUCAGUCCAGUACAGACCAGAACCCCAUCACAAUAACCAGACCAGCCAGUGCCAAAUCCUAACUCAGACUGACCCAGUUCAAACUUGUCCUAAGACUCCUCAGACCACUUUAGAGGCCAGUCUACUCCGGUCUGUGCCUCUGUCAGGAGUCCAGCAGGACCGGUUCUCAGUAGAGCUGCUGCUGCAGCUGCAGGUUUCCUCAGGUGAGCUGCUGGCUUCUCUGACAUCACCAGCAACUGAGCACAUGAGGCUGAAUCAGGGACCAGAAGAAAUGGCACCACAUGGGAGAACUUUGGCUGCUCAGAUCUUCAAUCCAGAGUCAGAGGAGUCUGACCAACCGAGACCAGAAAUGGACCAGGACCAGCAUGUAAAACUGGAGAUCAAAUCAGCAGAGACCGUGGACAGGUAAGACCUGUUGACCGUGUCCGCUAAAAGUCAGGCCAAAAAAAAAUCCAUAUUGUACAAUUUUUUGCUUUCUGUAAUUAUGAUUAAAAAAAUGCAGAAAUUUAUACCAUAAAAGUGAGUUUUUAUGUUAUAGGUACUUUUUGAACCAUUAAAAACUUCGUAUUAUCUGAUAUACUUAUUAAUUCUGAUCUAUUAGACUGUUUUCUGCCUUCAAGUGAAAUCCCCCUCCUACCACAUUAUAACCACAGUGUGUUCAGCCAUCUGACAGCAGCCCUCACAUCAACAUCAAGACUUGUUUAGAAGUCAUUAACAGUUCCCAUCACUGUUCAGUCUCUGUCAAGAGUCCUGUGAUGGUAAUUUGUUACAACAAAACCUCACCGUAUGUAUGAGAUUUGUAACCACAAACAGCCACUCUCUGCAGACACUGAUAAAGAAACAGGAACUUUUACUUGGGGAACAUGCGAUCUGCUGGUCCAUGGAUUUGUUGAUCUGUAUGUUCGUGUGAUUGUGAGUCACUCUAAUAUUGUUUUUAAGUGUUUAAUGCACAAUCAGGUCCCUUGACAACAUGAACUCGCUGUCUGAUGAGGUUUGAAGAGAAUUAAAGUCUGCAGAGGAUCCUGUCCUUGUUUAAGAGCUGUUGGCUCAACAGUCUUAAUUACGGUUUUAAAUUCAGAAGACUUUUCAUCACUUUGCAAAACGUCUCACAUGCAGUCUCUGACGUGUUUCAGCUCAGGUAAUCAGGCAGAUGCAGACCCAGAGAGAGGGAUGGAGGAGCCUGCAUCAGAGGACCCGGUGUGCGUGCGCUGGUCUCCUUCUGUGCAAUGGCUGGACCUGGGUCAAUCUGUGCUGUUUGCGGAGUUGUUAGGACAGUACCGUCCCCUCCUGGUCACUCUGUGCAGCAGAGCCCUGUGGCUGCAGCUGAUGGCCCCUCCAACACCAAACUGUGCAGAGAGUCUCAACCUGCAGGACACCUCUAACAGGACCAGGAUCCUGCAGAGAGUCCAACAGGCUGCAGGGAAAGGUGAGGAGCAAGGCUAUAGAGACAGGACUGGUGAAAAGCUGCUCCACACUCUGUUGUGAGUUCGUAUUUCACUGCACCAUGUCCACUGCUCUGAAUAUGUUAUCAUUCAUGUUUGGUACCCGAGCAGGUAUGAAGAGCAGCGGGAGAGUUUCUCUUGUUUUUAUCAUGAUUUCAUCUGUCUGUAUCUCCUUUGUUUUAUCACAGAUCUGCUCACACAGGAGUUCAGAGACAUGCUGCACAACUUCAGUCUGUAUCUGUUGGCCUUUAUUGCACAUGCUCAGUGGGACCAUGGUUAGUACACAUGUAUAUGAAUAUGAUGAAAUCUUAAAGUGUUAUAAAUACACUUUUAGGUGACAAUGAGUCUCUUUUCACAUCUUUAUAAAUAAUUGAAUGCAAAAUGUGUGAGUGAUGCUUGAUAGAAAGAGAAAAAAAGGAGCUAAAUGAUGACAGAGGAAAACCUUCAGAACAUUUAAUUACUGUAAACAAGUUCAACAUCUUCAGUUCAACACUUAAGAUAAAAAUGAGAAAGUAAAAAAAAAAAGAUCUCUCUCUCUCUCUCACUCUUUCUCUCUCUCACUCUUUCUUUCUUUCUUUCUCUCAGAGGUGUGCAGGGCUUUAGGCUCCGCCCUGAAAGACAGAUGUCUCAAAGAAGUGAACGUUCAGUCAUCCUCUGAGCAGGACGAUGGAGUGAUUAUGUCAUUGACCAUGGAGCACUUCUUGCGUCUGCCUCCUCCUCUGAUGUCAUCACUCAGCAGCUGUCAAUCAAAUGGCAGGAGCUCAGGUAAUGACACCCGAACACCCUCAGCUGUUCCUGCUGAAUUUCAUCAGUGUUUGAUCUGAUCUCCAUCAGAGAGCAGCUUCACCUCAGCUCCUCUUCAUCAGCCCUUCAUCAGCUCUGACAUUACAGCUUUAUUCAUUAUUCAGCUGCUGUUUUUACUCUGUUAUUUCAUCUUUAUUUAUAAUUUAUAGAAUCAGGAUUACUGGCUGAUGUUUGGUCCAGUAGAAAACUCCUCUCUCUCUGUCUCCCCCCUCAGGUCCUCUGAGCCUCCCCCCCUGCAGGCUCUCUCUGCACAGACACACUGUUAGCUUAGCAUUAGCCAUGGUGCAGAUGUCCACAGUCUGGGUCAUGUCAAAGUCUCUGCAGUUCCUGUCGUCAUGGAGCCUCAAUAAGUUCCUGCUCAUCACCCAGGGAGACCUCAAGGUAUGUCCAAGAUUUACACAACACAUUAUUUAUAAAUACUUACGGCAAGUAACAUUUACACAUACUCACUCUUGAAAUGUGUGAGUGGCUCACUUAUUAAGAAUGAUGAAUGUCAGAGACUUUUUCUCCUCACACAUGUGCAGUAAAGUCAUUAACUCUUAGACAUGCUACACACCUCUGUAUAGAACAAAUUUAGUCAUAUUUAACAUGACUGGAUAUAAAAAUGACGGUCAGAGAGGCUGAGUCUCUCAGAAGGAAAAAAUGGGAAGAGUUUUACCACUCUGUGAGAGAAAAAAGUUCAACGGUUUCAGAAUAAUGUCACAGAAUGAGUGGAUUUCAUCAUCCACAGAGCAUAAUAUCGUUUAAAGAUUCAGAAAAUCUGGAAAAAACUUCUGUACAAGAAGAACAAGGACCAAAACCAAGACUGCUUGGUCCUGAUCUUCAGGCCCCAAGGCAACACUACAUUAAAAACAAACACGACUCUGUAGUGGAAAUCACUGCAUGGGCUCAAAAUCACUUCCAAAGUCAUUGUCUGUAAACACAGUUCAACACUGCAUCCACAAAUAAAGGUUAAAACUGUAUCAUGCAAAGAGAGACCACUCAGCUCAUAGUUCAAAUCCAGCAUCUCUGAUGGUUUGGGGAUCAUCAAAGUCCAUGCCUUGGGUAUCUUCCACAUCUGUGGAGGGUCCAUUAAUGCUGAUCAAUAUCGGCAGGUUUAGGAGCAACAUCUGCUGACAUCCAGACAAAGACUUUUUUAGGGAAGACCUUUAUAUUUCAGCAAGACAAUGACAAACCACAUUCUGCAGGGCCGAUAAACUGGCCUGUCUGCAAUCCUGACUUAUCACCAAUUGAAAACAAAUGGAGAAUAACAAAAAUAUAACUUUUAUCCAUUCAGGUACUAACAGCGUGUUUGGAGUCGAUGCUUCAUCAGACUCAGUCCACGAUGAUGAUGACCUCUGACAGUCAGUGUGCCCUCCAGUACUACCAUCAUCAUCAUCAGCUACUACUGAAACAACAGCUCAGAGACCUGGGCGAAGCUGUGUCCAAGCUGCAGGUAAUACCUCUGACUAACAAACACAUCACACCUCUAAACUGCAGUCACAUUAUCAACCAACCUCUGACUCACUACUUGAGUCAGAGGUCAGAGACUACUCACUUACUUUGAAUAUUUUUUCUGCUGUAGUCUCAAUACAGUGACAGGAAUGUUUGCAGUCUUAUGUUCUGUAUCUUAUAAAAUGCAAAAAGAUCGGGACAUUAUUCGGAGCAGAGUCAUGUCAUGUUAUGAUAUGAUAGCGUGUGUGUAUGUGUGUGUAUGUGUGUGUGUGUGUGUUAGUCAUUCUCCAGUGGGGUGCUAAAGACGUUCUCCAGAGACUGUAAGAGGAUCUCAGGGGAGAUCUUUGAAGAGACCAUGCCUGCUGCAGUUCACUGGAGACCCAGCCUUAGGACAGGUAACAACAUCUUUCAUAAUGACAUUAUGAUAUGAAUCCACAGAUACUAUUUAUGGGUACUGGUUUAAGGUCUGCUAUUUGUUAAACAGUACCAGCAAUAUCCACCUCUUCCUGCAUUAACACUUCCUAAUGUGUUAGAGUGUGAAUAAACUAUGCAGAGAAUACAAAUUCAAAAUAAAUAAGGGCAUGUCAUGACAACAGUCCUGACCCUCUGUAAAUAGGUCUGUGUCCCACUUUUAGGUAUCAGAUAAAGAGCAUGGAAUCAUAUGACUAAACACAUUCCACCAGAUUUAGAUUGAAACCUUCAUCCUAAUCAGUGAUUGCAGAUCUGAUCACAUUUCUCUUCUGCAAGGAUUGAUUUGACAUGAUACUACACAAUCAAGAGAUUAUGCAGCCACGUAUUGUCAAAAGGAAGUGUAUAUAGACUAUUUGUUUCAAUAUGAAGCUAAUGCAAAAGUUCCUCAAACCUGCAUUCUCCUCAAUGUCCAGCAGGGGGAGACUCCUCUGCUUGGAAAAGUCUGAUUGUAAAGAAGAGUAUGGGAUAGCCUACUUCAGUGGUUCUCAAUCCAGUCCUCAAGGCCCACUGUCCUGUAUGUUUUGGAUGUUUCCCUGCUCCAACACACCUGAUUCAAAUGAUCAGCUCAUUAUUAAUCCAUUACAGAGCUUGAUAACGAGCUGAUCAUUUGAAUCAGCAGGGAAACAUCCAAAACAUGCAGGACAGUGGGCCUUGAGGACUGGACUCGAGAACCACUGGCCUAGAUACUGGCUUCAUGAUUUCAAUCACUAGAUUCAAAUCUUAAAUAAAUGAUAGUCUAUAAAUUUAGGGCGAUAUUGCAGUGGCCACACCCACUAUCCCUAAAUGGGGAAAGGUGCAAAACCGACUCUGUUACAGGGCCCUGUUUACACGUAACAUAGUCCACUUUACCUGUAACAAGGUCUAAUUAGGAUGUAACUGAGUCCAGUUUAUCUGUUACAGGGUCCAGUAUACCUGCAACAACAUCUGGUUUAGCUGUCCUUUUGUCUAGUUUAUUUUAGGUGGUAACAUGGUACAAUAGCAUUGUAACAAGGUUAAGUUUACCUGUAACAGUUAACAGUGAUGCUCAGAUCUUUAUUAACCACUGACAUUAAUUUCAGGUGGAGGUUCAUGUUAUUGUAUAGUCAUUAUUGUGCAUCUCUUUCUUUGUGCAGGUUAUCCUAGCAGUCCCAGCGAGUACGCCUCUGAAGCAGCUCAUAAUGUGAUUGGUCAGGUGUUGGAGGGUGUGGCUCCGCUGUCUGAUGACGCCCGUGCACAAGCGCUUAGUAUCACCAUGACAGCGUUUAUGGAGGCUUGGAUGGAGCACAUCCUCCGGCACAAGAUCAGGUUCAGGUGAGUUCUGUCUGACUCGGUCUGGUUUUUAACCCUUGUAAUGAUGAUACUGAUAGUUGUUUGUCCCCAUCAUGUGCAGCAGCCUGUCUUUGUGUUACAUCCCCUUUGUCUGAUGUAUGAUAGUGAUGCUGAUCUGAGUCAUCUGUCCUCCUCAGUGUGCAGGGAGCUCUGCAGCUGAAGCAGGACUUUGACUCCAUCAGAGAAAUGAUCCAAUCAGCAAAGUAUGGCCUGUCAGCUGACCUUCACCACAAACUGCUCAACCUCAGGUAAUACACACCUGUUCAUCAUCAUCACCCCCUCAGUGUGAGGGUUUCACCUACACCUGCAUCCUGCUGCAUAUUCAGGCUUCAUAGCUCAUUCAAUGUCUGUAGUCAGAGCAACAUCUCUAUCAAACUUUCACAGCUGCAUCAACUUUUAGGUUCAUCUCACUGUUGGGAAUUUAUUCAAAUAUAUGUGUGGAUUUGUUUUUCUUUAUAUGUGUCUGUUUUUUUUAUUUUUUUCUGUGCAGGGUCUUUCAGCAGGUGGACUCAGCUGUUGUAUGUCUCCUGCAGCAGCCUCAGGCUAAACCCUACCUGCAGUCCAGGGUGUGGGAGCCAUUUUCACACUGCUGUGAGUAUCAGAGUUUUCACUCACACUGCCGUAAGCAGAUCUGAGAAAUUCCACGUUGACACUCAAAUUGACUCACCUUUAAAAUGAAUUAAAGCUCCUAUAUUUCUUUGAUCUCUCAUGAAACAGACUGAAAUGGACAGUGAUGCCUCUCUUAGAUGUACAAAAGCCAAUUAGACCAUCAAUGAUAAGUCUGACAAUUUCUACAUUAUAGUUUUUAACACCUGUAACUGCAGUUAGGGGGUAGGUAUGUGAAAGAGACAGCCUUUGUUACUUUUUCCAUAAAAAAUAGAUAAAUAAUUGGUCUAUUAAUAACUGUUGAAGAGGGACAACUCAAAAUCUGCAUUAGAGGGUUACCGCUUUGUCCACACAAACAAAAAAAAUCCUCAUAGGAGCUUUAAAGAGAAAACAAAUUAACCUUUUUCACCAAAGUUGUUUUAUGUACAGUACGUCACAGAUUUGAGCAAUAAAUAAGAUAAAACAACAUUUAAUCAUACUUAAUCGAUGUUUUGAUUUAAUGUGCUCCCAAACAUUGGCCUCCUUAGACAGAAAAUGACACUGAGACUAAUAUAAGCAGCCCAGUGCCUGGUUAUGACAAAUACACUCCUGACAACAGAAAGCAGGAGACAAAAAAAACAUUAGCUAUAGGUUUGUAGUUUAAAAACUGACAGCUGGUGAGAUUAAAAAAAAAAAAACAGAAGAUGUUUUGGACCUUUAAAAAUCAAUUCAGGAAAAUGGGGAUAAAGAAUGGGAACUCUUGCAUCAAUUAAUUGUUUUUCUGCUAUCCAUACUUUAAAACAGCAACAAAGGUCUGUACACAGUAACCAAAUAUCUGCUUGACUAAGAUAUUCUGAUUAUUUCCUGAGAAAUUAUUCACAUGUUUUUGAGGAGAGGUAAAUAAAAUGAGGCUGUCAUCACUGCAGACAGUCUGGGACUUAAAGCUGAAUAUGUUCUCUUAGUGACUGUCAAAACAUUAACAUAAAUGUUCUGUGUGUGUGUGUGUGUGUGUGUGUGUGUGUGUGUGUGUGUGUGUGUGUGUGUGUGUGUGUGUGUGUGUGUGUGUGUGUGUGUGUAGGUCCAGCUCACAGAAGCACGGACAGCAUUGACUCGGUGGUGGGCAGCAGCAGUAUAAUGAACCUCAGGUGUAUGGAGGGGGAGGAGCCUACUGACCCAGCAGUGGUGACCUCUGACCUCCCACCUGUGGACCCCUCCACCCCAAGAGAGCCUUACCUGGCCCCUAGGUACCCAGUGCUCCAUGGAGUCCUUUCAGUCUGUGUUUCAUACUAAGUCACAUCCAGAAUCACUCAGGGCAAGAAACUCCACUCUCCAUCUGACACAGUGAUUAUCAACUGUGUUCAGGUUUUGUGAAGGAAGAAACAGCCUGAUGUAGUAAUCUGACAACCUCACAAAGAUAUGCCGAUAAAACUGAAGUUGCUGACAACGUUUUUGCCACAGUGUCAAUCAGCAGAAGUGAAAAGGGCAGGAGUCCUCUCUGUAAAUUGAUUAGAUAUGAGGUGUGUUCAGGCUGUCCCAGGCACCACUUUUGCUGUUGAUAAAUCUUUGUGGUUAUGGGGUCUUGACCAAUCAGAAUCAAGUAUUUAACGCAGCCAGGUGAUAUCUGAGUAAUCUGCUAACACUGUCUGUCUUUGUCACUCUCAGUGCGGCUCUGGGUUCUGCUCAGCAGGACUGGUUGGAUCUGAGGAUCCAGAGCACGGCCCGACGCUGGAGACUACCAGGACUACACUGUCUGUCCAAGUCAGAACCUUGACCCUCCACAGACAUUCAGAGACCCUCAGACCCUACCAAAGACCCACAGAGACAAGAACAGACCCUCAGAGACCAACUAUAAGAGACCACAACAGCUCUUCACAUGCCAUUAAGACCAACAAUUAGAGACCGUCAUAGACUGUCAAAUAUUACCACAAACAAAACAAAGUCCCUCAGAUGAUCAAAAAACAACUACCAGGGACCACCACAGGCCCCCAAAGGCCACCACAGAGCCUCAGAGACCAUCAAAGACUCUCAGAGAUUACCUAUCAGAGACCAACACAGAAACCAAGAGAUCAUCAGAGACCACUACAGACCAUCAGAGACCAACUGUCAGAGACCACUACAGACCCUCACUACUGACUACUACAGACCUCCACAGACCAUUUGAGACAUUGACUAACUUCAACAGACCAACACAGACAUCUAGAGACCACCACAAACCCUCAGAAACACUCAAACUACAUGAUGAGCCAUCAGGCAUUUUGUACCAAGUUUAACUGAAAAUGCUUUUUAAUGAUCUUAGAAUUUCUCAGUUAUUUAUAUUUUUAUCUUGAAUGUUUUAUUUUUACAUCAAUAAAACUUCCAAUUUGCUUUUAUUGUAAAUAUUUUGUUUGUGUAUUUGUCUCUCUGCUGCUUGUAAUGAAAUUUAUUUUUGUAUUUCUGAAUAAAGAUACAUUUUUAUAUGUAAAUCUGA